CGGAGAGUAUCAAACCAGAGAGAGAGCGAGUAAAAGCUUAAUUACAAAGAGAACCCCCAAAGAAGCUAAAUAUUUAUCCUUUCGGCGCUUAAGUUUGUAUUUCAACAUUUAACACCCUCAAAGAGUUUACCACCGCCAUGUGUGGAGGAGCUAUAAUCUCCGAUUUCAUCCCUCCGCCGAAGUCCCGCCGCGUCACCAGCGAGUUCAUCUGGCAGGAUCUGAAAAAAUCGAAGAAGAGAUCGAAGAAGCGAUCUGAUUUCUUCGAUCUGGACGAUAAAUUCGAAGCUGAUUUCAAAGGGUUUAAGGAUGGAGAUUCAUCUUUUGACUGCAAAGAUGAAUUCGAUACGUUCACCGAUGUGAAGCCCUUUGUCUUCACCGCAACUACCAAACCCGUCGCCUCCACUGGUUCAGUUUCUGAGAAGAAAACCAUAGAGUCGUCCGAUGAGAAAUCUGGCAAGAGGAAGAGAAAGAAUCAGUACAGGGGGAUAAGGCUGCGCCCUUGGGGUAAAUGGGCUGCUGAGAUCCGUGAUCCUAGAAAAGGCUCUCGAGAAUGGCUUGGAACAUUCGACACCGCUGAGGAAGCAGCAAGAGCUUAUGAUGCAGCUGCACGCAGGAUCCGUGGUGAUAAAGCUAAGGUGAACUUCCCUGAGGAGAUGAUCCCUACAGCUAAGACCAGUGAUCUUAAGAAGCCAGUGGCUAAACCAAACCAAAGCCCAACUCUGGUUCAGCAGCCAAGUCAGUUCUGCAACAACAUGGGAUAUGACUCCUUUGGUGAUAUGAGCUCCAUGGAGGAGAAGCCUCAGAUGUACAACAAUCAGUUCUUCCAUGUUGGACAGUAUUUCAGUUCUGAUCAGGGCAGUGACUCAUUUGACUGCUUUGAGUUUGGGUGGGAUAAUUACAACCCCAAGACACCAGAGAUCUCUUCAAUGGUAGUUAAUAACAACCAAGUUCCAUUUGCUGAAGAAACCAACGUAGCCAAGAAGGCGAAACUCAACUCUGAGGAUGGGACAAGCAACGAUGAUGAUCUGAUGGCAUACCUUGACAACGCCGUGUGGGAGUCUCCUUUAGAAGUGGAAGAUAUGCUUAGCGUGGAUGCUGCUGCUGCUGUGACUCAGGAAGAGGAAAACCCUAUGGAGCUAUGGAGCUUAGAUGAUAUCAACUCCAUGCUGGAUGGAGUCUUCUGAAGUGAUUGAUGGGUGGGGUCUAGUUUGUAAAUAAAGCUGUGUGUUGUUGAGUUUCAAGCGGUAACUUUGGUUUUACUUUAAUCUUCAGUUUGGGUUUUGUGUGUUGAUGUCUCACAGGGUUCUAACACAAUCAUCAGUACCCUCGUAACUGUUUUUGUUUUGUAUCCCUAAGACUUGUUUAACAUUAUAAUAAAAACUGUGUUGGAACC